CCAGGCUGAAGAGCAUUACAAAGAAUAGCACUGCCCAUACCUGGGAGCCUGGCAUCUGUAUCACCGCCUCAGUGAACACAAUGAAGGCCAGUCCAGUUCCAGAGGCGCUCUACAGCAUCGCAGUUGGACACGCGCCACUCGUUGGCCGUCUGCCUCCGCGCAGUGUCUGCGGCUCCCUGCGCUGUUUCACCUUCGCCACCGGGGGUCGCCGUUGCGCCUGUAACAUGAGCCGUGUCGGCCGGCUGCGGUCUGGCUGCUGUGUCCCCCCUCUGGCAGGGUUUGCGCUCGAGGAGGGAGCCGCUCACCAUCGCUCUCACCGACCAGGCGCCAAGUGUUGCAGUCCCGUCCGCAGUCUGCCUCAGCACCUCAGCAGCCCCCGCAAUGUCCUUGGAUAGCGCCGCCGCCGCCGCCCCGCACUUCCCCGCGCCGCUCUGACUAACCGCACAUCUCACGGAGGCACCCUGGAUCUCUACUCUCCGGGACUGUGGCGUGCACUGCCCCGAGUCAUCUUCGCCGCGUGAAGCAAAUGGAGAAGGUCCAAGGAUAAGACGGGCUGCAGGACUGUGCUACUGCAGAGGAGCUGCCGGUUGUUCGCUGGCCGGGCCGGGGUGCGGGGUGGGGGGCAGGUCUUGCUCGUCUGUCACCGGCUGCGGUGUCGCAUCCAUUAUUCUGAUCAUCUCAGAACGCCUUGCAUGGAUACACCAUGGCCACGUUAAUAUGCAGGGUGCAGUUCUUAGAUGAUACUGAUCCAUUUAACAGCACUAAUUUCCCCGAGCCCACCAGACCUCCUCUGUUCACCUUCAGGGAAGAUAUUCCUCUGAUCAAUCAGAUCGCUGGAGUCCACCGGCUACUCAAAGCCCCUCAGAAGCCUGAUGACUGUGCCCUUCAGCUGUCCCAUAAUGGAGGAUACCUGGACUUGGAGUCUACGCUGGCAGAGCAGAAAGAUGAACUGGAGGGAUUUCAGGAGGAAGGGGGGCGUGGCAAGAAACACAGCAUCAUUCUUCGAACACAGCUGUCAGUCAGAGUUCACGCCUGCAUCGAAAAACUCUACAACUCAACUGGACGCGAGCUACGAAGAGCCCUCUUUUCCCUCAAGCAGAUUUUUCAGGAUGACAAGGACCUGGUGCACGAGUUUGUGGUGGCAGAAGGACUGACAUGUUUGAUAAAAGUGGGAGCUGAAGCCGACCAGAACUACCAGAAUUACAUCCUCAGGGCUCUUGGUCAGAUAAUGCUUUAUGUGGAUGGGAUGAACGGCCUUAUAUCUCACAAUGAAACGGUCCAGUGGCUUUACACCCUGGUGGGAUCCAAGUUCCGUCUGGUGGUGAAGACGGCGCUGAAGCUGCUGCUGGUGUUUGUGGAGUACACAGAAUCCAAUGCUGCCCUGCUUAUAAAGGCUGUGGACGGUGUGGAUGCCAAAGGGGGGACAAAGCUGUGGUCAAACGUGAUGGAGAUCCUUGAUGAGAAGGAUGGAGUGGAUACAGAGCUGCUGGUGUAUGCGAUGACACUCAUCAAUAAGACUCUGGCAGGCCUGCCAGACCAGGACUCCUACUAUGACAUGGUGGACUGUCUGGAGGAACAGGGCAUCGAAGCCAUGGCCCAGAGACACCUGUGCAGGAAGGGCACGGACCUCGACCUUGUAGAACAGUUCAACAUGUAUGAGACGACAUUGCGCCAUGAGGAUGGUGACGAUGAAACCCAGCUGCCUCCGAGUGGCCGAAAGGGCCGCCGGCGGUCCAGUGUCGGCGGCACCAAUGAAAGGCGGGGCCUGGAGAGACGACGCAGCCGGAGACAUUCGCUCCAGAACAGCAGAGGCCACGCGUCUGCCCCAGCAUCACCAAGCAGCCCACAUUCGAGCAGCUUCCUGCCCUUCGGUGGACGUGGUGUUGAAGACAUCAGCGAAAGUCUGACAGACACAAACAACUCUCCUACAUCUUACACAGCUAGAAAGCCUUGCUGGGCUGAAAGAAUCAAUGCCAAUGGCAGUCCAUACCCUGGCAGGCACCAGGCUCCUACAUCGCCCAUUCAUCGCUUCUCGAGUUCCGCGACCUCCGCACCAGACUCCAAACCUGACAGAACCGCUUUAGGGGGCUUGUUAUCUUCGUCGUACAGACAGCAUCAGGAAUCGCUGGCCUCAGAGAGAGAGCGGAGACGCCUGGAGAGAGAAGAGCGUCUGCAGAGAAUUGAAAGAGAAGAGAGGAAUCGCUUCAAUCGAGAUUAUGUGGACAAGAGGGAAGAGGCAAGACAAGCUCGAGAGGAAAGGUACAAGGCCGUGGAGAGGCUGGCGGCCGAGGAGUUUGAGCGGGAGCGACCUCGGUUACCAACAAGAGGAAGGACAGAGAUCACGUUGUGUUUGAGUUCCAACCCUGCCAGCCGCUCAGCGCCCCGCUGUGCCACACCUUCGCCCAUCGUCUUACAGGAAGACACCAUCACCACUGCACUACAGACGUCAGGAACAGAGCAAAUCUCAGAGCCAAUCCUUGACCCACAGACCCGAACCAAAAGUCCAGUGCCAGAAUUAACAGUAUCAGAAUCUCCCCACACACCUCCCUCCGAGCCAGAAAAGCAGCCAGAGUCGCCUGCCGAGACAGAGGAUGUUGCUAAGUCUCAGCAGAAUGUAGUGGCAGAGCCGGCGUCGGAUGAACAUUCAGGCAUGGAGAACGAAGGAAGGCAGGAGCAGGAGGACCUGGAGGAGCUGGAGGAGCAGGAACAGUGCAGGGAUGAGGCGGCGACAGAAGAGCAGGUAGAAGAAGCGGAGGUAGCUGAUGUAGCAGAGGUGAUAGAGACAGAGGUGGAGGUGGAUGUCGAGUUAGAGGAGGAGUGUGACAAGGAGCAGCCGACGGUGAGGGAUGUAGAAGACAGCGUUCUGCUGAGUGAGAAGGAGAGACAGAACGAGGAGGUGAAUGAAAAAGACAACUGCUCUGCAUCGAGCAUCUCCUCUACGAGUAGCACGCUGGAGAGGGAGGAGCGGGAGGAGAAGCACACCAGUGACAUUGACGCAGGCCAAUGGACCCCGUGCAUUAAAGACGCAGAUGUGAACGACCAAUGCAACAAAAUUCUCAACAGCAAGCGCUUCAUGCUGGACAUGCUGUAUGCUCAGACUACAACCAACGAGGAUGACGGGAACGUAGGAGAGACGGAGAAAGAAGAAUGUCAGUGCGAGAAGGACACGGAGGUCGGUGACUCGGCUGUGGCCAGUUUGGCCAGUAGGAUCUCCACACUGGAGGCUCACAGACAGGCCAGGGAAGAAAAUGUGAAAAAGAUGGAGGUGGGACAUCUGGAAAACCAGGGCAGUGUCCGAGCAGUGGCGGAGAAGUUUGGAGAUUUGGUCAAAGGCUUGAUAUCGCCCCCUGAGGUGGAGGCCUUAAAAGAGCAGCAGCAGACUGACAAAUCAUCAUCGACCGCUGCCUCAUCAGCUUUAGCUCCCAAAAAAGAGUCGGAUUAUAUCUGGGAUCAGUUAAUGGCGUCGCCCAGGGAGCUGCGCAUCAAAGAGAUUGACUUCACGGACCUGAGGGACGAGGACGACUUGGACAUUUUAGAUAUGGACAGUGUGUUGGGGUCAGGUGACCUGAUACCACCACCUCCCCCUCCUCCAUUCAACGCUGCCCUGCCACCACCCCCACCACUGUUUGGGUGCCCCCCGCCUCCUCCCAUGCUUGGCAAAAUGAUGCCCCCACCCCCGCCAUUCAUGCCCCCUAUCCCUCCGCCCUCCCCUCAUCUCAGCCGCGGUGAGGUGCCUCUCUUCCAGAAGAAGAAGAAGACCAUCCGUCUCUUCUGGAAUGAGGUGCGUCCUGUGGACUGGCAGUGCAAGAGCCAUAAAUUCUGCAAGGAGUCCCUCUGGACCAAACUGGAGCCAAUUAAACUGGACACGUCCAAGCUGGAGCAGCUGUUUGAGUCCAAAUCCAAGGAGCUGCCUGUCACGAAGAAAGCAGCUGUUGAUGGCAAACGGCAGGAAAUCAUAGUCCUCGAUUCCAAACGCAGCAACGCUAUAAACAUCGGCCUGACCGUCUUACCUCCGCCCCGCACCAUCAAGACAGCUAUCCUCAACUUUGAUGAGUACGCACUAAACAAGGAGGGAAUUGAGAAAAUCCUGACGAUGAUCCCCACGGAGGAGGAGAAGCAGAGGAUCCAGGAGGCUCAGCUGGUCAACCCCGAUAUUCCCCUGGGCAGCGCCGAGCAGUUCCUCCUCACCCUCUGCUCCAUCACAGAGCUGUCUGCUCGCCUGCAGCUGUGGGCAUUCAAGAUGGAUUAUGAGCUUAUUGAGAAGGAAGUGGCAGAACCUCUCCAGGACCUGAAGGAAGGGAUGGACCAGUUGGAGAAAAACAGGACACUCCGUUACAUCUUGACCACACUGCUGGCCAUCGGCAACUUCCUCAACGGCACCAGCGCAAAAGGCUUUGAGCUGGGCUACUUGGAGAAAGUCCCAGAGGUGAAGGACACGGUUCACAAGCAGUCCCUGCUGCAUCACGCCUGCGCCAUCGUGGUCGAGAAGUUUCCAGACAGCUCCGACCUCUACUCUGAGAUAGGAGCCAUCACCCGCUUGACGAAGGUGGACUUUGACCAGCUCCAAGACAAUCUGGCCCAGAUGGAACGAAGGUGUAAAGCAUCGUGGGAUCACCUCAAGGUCAUCGCGAAACAUGAGAUGAAACCGGCGUUGAAGCAAAAAAUGUCAGACUUCCUCAAAGACUGCGCAGAGAGAAUUAUUAUUCUCAAGAUUGUACACCGAAGAAUCAUCAACAGGUUUCAUGCCUUUCUACUCUUCCUGGGCCAUCCCGUGUACGCGGUGCGAGAGGUCAGCAUUCAUCGCUUCAGCAAGAUCCUGAGUGAGUUUGCCCUCGAGUAUCGCACAACAAGAGAACGUGUGCUGCAGCAGAAACAGAAGAGGGCCAACCACCGAGAGAGGAACAAGACCAGGGGAAAAAUGAUAACAGAUAGUGGUAAAUUUGGCAGUGGCCCAUCAGACUCACAGGAGAGCCCGCCCCAGGGUAUCCAGUAUGCAGAAGACGCAGCCGAGCACGAGAACAUGAAGGCCGUGCUCACGAGCAGCCUGCAGGACAGUGAGAGCGGGACGUCCACGGUGCCGGGCCUCCGUACGCGCACCAGAGCUGGCAGCAACAGAGGGCGUGCUCCCCCGUGGUGCUCUGCCAGCGACGACCCAGUGAACUGUACAGACGACACGGCUGACGAGAUCAUGGAGAGGAUCGUCAGGUCGGCCACUCAGGGGCCCGGCCAGCGGACGCAACCUCGAGAGAGGAGACGAUCCCGCGUCAACCGAAAAUCACUGAGGAGGACAUUGAAGAAUGGUCUGACGACGGAGGAGGCCAACGCUCUGGGCUUGUCCAGUGGUUCGGAGAUGCAGGUAUGAGAUCUGGGCCUGGAUCCCAUUGGGCAUUAAGACGCUCCCGGAAACCCUUUUACUGCCCCCUCCAAUGCCUACAACCAACCUGGCAACCCCCUGCACUCUGACUUGGCACUCACCCCCCUUAGCUUUGAUGAGUUGAUCUCAUUUUUAUGCGUUUUGGUUUACAUAGGCUUGAUGCACGUGCUUCCUGAAGAGGGUGGAUAAAAAAAUGCUGAACAAGAGUUUAUUCACAAACGGCGGGGCGGAGAGCAGAGACGGAGCGCCGAGAUCAAACCACCGCGCUUUUGCUGACGCUGGAUAAACAUCGAUGAUCUGCACUCACGAGGCUUAAUCACCAUCAUCCUUCGGACGUGACGUCGCUCACAAACACCCACGCAAAAGUGUAUUUUUUAAGGCCAAGGUCAUGAAAAGAGUAGGCAGGUCGUGUGCUUCAAUCUCUGGGGCCUUGGCGGGAAUCAAGAGGGCUUAAUGUGCGGUACAGACUCUUCACUAUCUGCGCUGCAGCUUUAGUAACUAGUGGAAUCAAAAGACAUUUCAUCUAUUGAAUAGAUGGCUUUGUGCAGAGAUAUCAUGUUCUAUACUACUGUGGUAGUUUUGUGUUUCUAUUCUAUUUUGCUCAAGAAAAGGUGCUCAAGUUUAAAAAAAAAACUAAAAAACAAUUGCACUGGACGUGAACGGAUGAAUGGAAUAUGAAAUCCUUGACACUGAACCACUCUGACGUCGGAAUCUGAAAAUACACUCGGCAGUUUUACCAGCAACUGUAACAGUAGCACAGUUUUUAAAUGUCUAAUCAAAGUCGACAUAUUCAAGGCAGGUUGUGCAUUAGUUAACCGGCCAAGAAGAAAUUAAUCAGAGCAAUGGUGCAAAUACUUUGAAAGAUCAUGAGGGGAGGGAAGGACUAGUGAACCCACUCGUUUCAGACUAAUGCUCCCCGACAUUUACUUAUUAAUCUUAAACAAAUGUAGACGAGUCACAUCACGUGACCCAGACUUAGCGGUUGGCAACAGGAUGAGUUUGGGUACAAUGUCACAGGUGAGCGAUCUUCAUAAGUUCUGUAGUUUUAUUUUCUACAAACUAUUAACUGCACAUUUCAGAGUGCCUUUCCGAGACAGUUAUUUAUUAAGAUGUUUUCAGGGACAUAUAAAAAAAAUCAAGAAAAUGUUACUACAAAUGUGCAGUCUGUGAGGGGUGAGACCAUCAAUCUGCAAUCAUCCAUGAGCUGUGAUUUAUUUUUAACCAGUGUUUUUAAACUUGUCCUUUUUUUUCACGUUAUAUAUUGGAUCAAAUAGUUUGUUAUGAAGAUAGCUUUAAAGUAUUUAUGACAAAUUAGGGCGGUUAUGCACAUUAGCUGUAUCCUGUGGCCUUACUGUAGAAUAUAGGCGUGUGUUGUUCCUCUCUGUUCGAGACCUAGAUUAAAUUACAAAAAAUACAAAAAUAGAUCAGGCCAAUUCAAUAUGUAGUUCAGUUUGCAUCACUGGACAUCUCAGUUUUCAUUUACAGGACGUGGAGAAUUCCUUCAUUAUUUAACUAUGAAUGUGAACAUCAGGGGUAACAUGAUAAUCAGUGAUAAGUCCGCACAAAAAAAUCUAAUAUUUAUCUACUUUUGCGAGUUUCCUCUCUUUAGUGAGAGAGGAGGAGUCUGCGGUUCAACCAUUUGAUUAUGUGAGUACGUGUUUGAACUGGCGAGGAGCUCACUGUGCUUUUCAUUUGGAAAUGGCCUUGGUUACACUACCACAUGCAUUAAGUUGAUAUCACGGCUUGUAAGUUUGCAAAGUAAAUCGAGCCAAUCGCAAGUUUUCACUGUGAUGGAACUGAAGCCAUGGAGAGAAGAAUCUAGUGCGACACCAUGCAAAAGCUACGUAGAAACCACACCAGCAGUAUGUUGUUUUUUUGUCGUUUCAUUUAGAAUUUACUGAAAACUAUUCAGCACCUUAGACUCAGUGUGUAGCAUGCAACGUAGAACUGAAGUUACGAGGGAAGAGCUCAACGUGUUUCCCAGAUUGUACUGACUUGUUCAAAAAGAACAAGACACAAUAAGAUGUGUAAAGUAAUAUAGGGGAAUGCUGUAAAGUGAUGUACAUGUCAUGACAAUGUCUCUUAUGUCCUUGUUUUGUUUUAUUUUGCUCCGUGUGUAGAAUAGUGUAUGAUAGACUAAAAGCAGUAUUAUUCUGACUAUAAUUUAAGCAAACCAAGCCAUGCAUGGUUUAAAGAAGGUGUCACUUCUGCUUGACACACGGGGAGGUUCACUUUGGGUUUGUGCGCGCCUGUGAUGAAACCUUUGUUCUUCACGGACUGAUCUAAUUUUACCAGCUACUCCUGUGGAAUCCCUAAGAAGCCCUUGAUUUCAUUGCACUCAUCAUUUUUAUGCUCUCCAUUUAACCUAAGCGCACCACACGUGUCGCUGCCUGUCAUAACGUCACUGUGGCGCGUGGACAUGAGCACCAUACACACACACACACACACACACACACGGCUUCUGCUGCGUCUCUGCACCCACAGCAAAAUCUAUGUAACAUCUACAAUAAAACAGGCUCAUUAAAACAUC